AUGGCGUUUUCUUUUCGACCUUUGAUGGAGUCGAAUGACGCUGUAGAGCUGAAUUCGGGCGAAGACUUCGAGAAUAACACCUGUCUAUCCAAAGCCGAAGUAGCUAUCUUCCUGGAUAAGCAGAAGAUCAAUUACGUUGAGCAGAAGAAAAUGUUCGCGAGUGGUUCAAAAAAAUGCAAGACACGCUUCACUGGAACAAAAGACCCUGUGGCCAACCAAGCUGCUGUUAUUGAGCUUCGUGAGUACGUGACUUUUAAUAUCCUAAUUCGCUCUCGUUUGAGCAUGGAGGAGUUCGAGAUCGCAAGCUUGUCCAAUUUGUACCUGGAGGAAGUAGAAGAAGCUGUGGCUCUGAUUCCAAGUCUGUCCCAGCACUUUACUGACCACGAGAUCGAGGAAAUGCUUGGUGUUAUCUCGCUUUUGAUGGCGCAAAUGUUUCACUGA